CCACAAGAACACACCAUUCUUCUUCUCUCCAUAUCUCCUUUCUUCUCUCUAACUCUUAACUGUUUCCAUCCAUACACAUAAACUUCACAUAAACUUCAUGUUUAAGCUUUAGAGACACAGAAAGAAGAAGAAGAAGAAGAAGAAGAAGAAGAAGAAGAAGCUGAGAAAACAAGCAAACCAACAAUGUCCAUAACUUCAAUAACCAACCCAUCACUCUGCUUAUCUUCUCCAAUUCCAAGAAAAAAGCUCACCAAGUACUCAUUGAUCAACAAGGCCUUCCCUUUCUCUGAUUCACAAGCAUGUUGUUCACUCAGUGGCAGGGCAAUGAAGCUUAGUGUGCUUGUAGCCAAAGCAACUCCAGCUACUGAGUCUCAGCCAUCAAAGUCUGAAGGUGGGGAAGGAGGAGAAGAUAAGUAUGAGGUGGAGUUGGACAAACCUUAUGGUUUGAGGUUCAUGAAGGGGAGAGAUGGGGGCACUUACAUAGACGCCAUUGCUCCCGGGAGCUCUGCUGAUAAGUCCGGGAAGUUCACUGUCGGAGACAAAGUCAUCGCCACCAGUGCUGUGUUUGGAGAAGAGAUAUGGCCUGCUGCAGAGUAUGGAAGGACAAUGUACACUAUUAGACAGAGAAUUGGACCACUGCUGAUGAAGAUGGAGAAGAGAUACGGGAAGAUAGAGGAUGGUGGUGAGCUCACAGAGAAAGAGAUCAUAAGAGCCGAGAGGAAUUCUGGUGUGAUUAGUAACACAGUGAGAGAAAUUCAAGUGCAAAAUUACCUGCGGAAGAAGGAACGGAAGGAGCGCCGGGAGAAAGACCUUAGUGAAGGUCUAAAGCUCUACAAGAGUGGGAAAUAUGAGGAAGCAUUGGAGAAAUUUGAAUCAGUUUUAGGAUCGAAACCAGAAACUGAUGAAACCUCGGUGGCUUGUUACAAUGUAGCAUGCUGCUAUUCCAAGCUAAAUCAGAUACAAGCUGCAAUUUCUGCGUUAGAUGAAGCAUUAAAAGCAGGAUAUGACGAUUUCAAGAGAAUUAGGACUGAUCCUGACUUGGCCAAUGUAAGAACUGCUGAAGAAUUCGAGCCCCUGAUGAAGAAGUAUGAUGAAUCAUUUAUCAAUGAGAAUGCCAUCAAUGCUAUUAAAUCAAUUUUUGGCAUAUUCAACAAGGAAUAAGCAGCCAGUGGCUAAUCAUUAGGCAACUGGCAAUUUGACACAAUACUCAGGCUGAUCAUUUUCUAUUUCCUGUUGAUUCAUGCAAAGGUCUUACUAUUUUAGAGAAUGCCAAGCUCUUCCAUAUAUACAUAGCUUACACUGCAGAUAUUGUUCAUUUUUCUGUACUAUAACGGAUAGUUCAUGAGAAAUUGCACAUGAAGGUCAUGGCAAGAUGAAUCUAUUUUAUUUGAUGAAACAAAUUAAAUUCUUGUACAUUUAAAAAAGUGUGAGCUCUGUUCACCCAAAAAAUAUGUAUUUUUUGCUCACCAAAAUAUACAGAAUGUGCAACA